AUGAACAAUCCGUUCUCUCCAAGCGGAGACAAUCAAAGUAAACAGGGAAACGCAAACAACACCACCAAUAUAUUUGAACAAAAUGCAAGCAAGCAAUCUGGUACAAAUGUCUUUAGCAACACCCAGCCGAGCACAAACAUUUUCGGCAGUAAUUUUUCAAAUCCAUUUGGAAGUGCACAGAUGCCACCCAACCAGAUAAGCUCUUCAGCCCCGCCACAGAAUAGCCCAUUAUCUAGCGGUGCACCGCCUGGCUUGCAGUUUAGCUCAGGAAAUAAUCCCUUCACCACACCAGCGAUUCCCUCGUCAAAUUUGCCAUUCAAUACUGCUCAACAAUCCACAAUGCCUCCUGGCAGUUCUGUAUUCGACAAUACCCAGCAAAACAUCUCACCAACAUCCGGAAUAAAUCAGUUUUCUAGCAGUGCCAACAAUCCCGUUGGUGCAGAACCAUCAAGUACUGCUCAGACGUCAUUAUUUUCAUCAAAUGCAACGCCAUUUGGAAGUAAUCAGCAAGCACGUAACAGCACAGCGCCUAGUGUUAAUCCAUUUGGAACACUGCAGCAAUCGUUUGACACCCAGACGCCAUCUACCACACUAUCUAAUAUCGAGACACCUUCUGCUAGGGACACCACGUUCGGCCAGUCUAGAAAACCAGCAGAUCAGAGCUCCCUGAUGUCCUCAGUGAAAGACAAUAGCAUCAAUCUAUACAACUUGACACUUCAAGAGGCUAUCGACAGACAUUCCAGCAUUCUUGAAACAAACAUCAAAGAUUUCGAAAGAGAUGCACAGAGUAUUUUUGAAAGGGACCUUCAGCUAAUAAAGAAUAAGAACAACUAUAUUUCGAUUAGAAACAAGAUUGAUGAGGAAAAUGUAAGGCUGGAUGAGCUCAGUCAGGUUCUUGAUUAUUUCGAAGAGAGACUAUCCAGUAUUGAGGAUGAGCAUAGAGGUGCUAGUGUUUCAGAUUCUGCUAAGGUUAUUGAAGAUUUCGAGACUAUUUGUGAUAAAUUUUAUAAAAAAAUCGAGUCGUUCAAGGAUGAGCAGGGGGAGGUGCUUGAUCUAGUCAACGAAAACUAUCAAAUUAUUGAAACUAUUGAUAGAAAACUCGACAUUCUGUCUCAGAUCAAGAACAUUAAGUAA